GCAGCUUCAAGCGGAGUUGCGCUGCGAUUCUCGAAUGCGACAAGACCCCGACCGUCUAAGUUCGAUUAAUAGGGGAUCUUUUGUUAACUAUCCGAGGCAUUUCGUAUCUCAACAGAAUGCCUCAUUUGGAGCACGAAGGACCUUUGGUCAAGCGGCAGAAGCUCAAUUCUGUUGCGAAACCUCAGCCUUCUGCGUCGCAACAGUCCAGAAUCUUUGCUCCAUAUCGGACUAUCGGACUCGUCUCUCCUACCAAUGUCCCCUUCACCUCCGUUCCUCUGGGGAACACCACCUUCCAGGUCACAACGUCUAUAGGCCGCUCCCUCCAAACCUAUGACCUUAAACGCGGCCUCAACCUUGUAUUUAUGACCCGACCUCAGACGCCAACCACCAUAACUGCGACAUGCGCCUGGAAACAGAAAGUAUUUGCCGCUUGGGGCGACCCUCGCGAGGGUUCCGAGCAGGGUAUUUGGAUCUUCCAGAGAGGGAAGAAAGUCGGCGAGUUGCAACUCCCACCUGAUCUUCAUCAGCCUGUUAGACAAAUUCUAGUUUUCGGCUCCUGGGUCGUUGCGUGUGGCUUGACGAGAAUAGAAGUGUGGAAGUCGGCAACUCUGGAACAUUAUACUACCCUGUUCACGAUGGCUUCUAGGAAGGGCGACAAUGAACUUACUGGUGGUAUAUGUACCAUGCCGACAUACUUGAAUAAGAUCUUUGCCGGGCGCCGAAACGGAUGGGUUGAAAUCUGGAAUGUUUCCACCGGCAAAUUGAUAUAUACUCUCCUACCGCCAUCUCCGAAGUAUGGUGCUGUCACCUGCAUGCAGCCAACUCCCGCGCUUUCGUUAAUGGCUAUCGCAUAUGCGGAGGGCCCGUUGGUCAUUCACAACGUGCUCACAGACAAGAAGGUGCUCGAGGUGAACGCGGGCACUGAUGAUGCGCCCGUGACAAGCAUAUCAUUCCGUACAGAUGGCAUUGGUGCAGGUCAGGAUGGGCGCAAAGAUGGGGUCAUGGCGACGGCGACAGAAUCAAGCGGCGAUGUUACGUUCUGGGACCUCAACAAGGGUGGCAGAAUUAUGGGCAUUCUUAGAAGUGCCCACAACCCCCCGACGCAAGAGGGCGCCUCGAUUCGUGGGGGUGUGAGCAAGAUCGAAUUCCUUGCCGGUCAACCAGUCAUCGUUACUAGCGGUAGGGACAACUCAUUGAAAACCUGGAUAUUUGACGAGACUCCUUUCUCACCCAUACCACGAAUCCUACAUACGAGAAGCGGUCAUGCGGCACCGGUCACGUGUUUGAAAUUCCUGCCGUCUGAUUUUGAAGGCGCUGAAGCAGGCAACAAAUGGCUUCUUAGUGGUGGCAGGGACCGAAGUCUCUGGGGGUGGAGUCUUCGUCGUGAUGGUCAAAGUACAGCAUUGAGCCAGGGUAAUAUCCGUAAAAAGGCUAAGAAGUACGGAAUACUUGACAGUAGCACACUAAGCCGCGGUCCGACUACCACGCUCGAUGACUUAAAAGCGCCAGAGAUUACCUGUAUUGCAUGUUCAUUGAACAGAGAUGGCGGGAUGGGCGCCAUGCCCGGAAAGCAAGUUUUGUGGCAAAAAUCUCAAAAUCAGAAGAAGCCCAUCGACGCCGAAGUCAGUGGCAUGACAGGUUGGGAGAGCGUCGUCACAGCGCAUAAGAACGACUCGUUUGUACGAACCUGGUUCUGGGGUCGAAAAAGAGCAGGUAGAUGGGCCUUCCAAACCGGUGACGGUGCAAACGUGUCGACGGUGGCCAUGAGCCCCUGCGGGACCUUCACAGUCGUCGGAUCGGUUGGUGGAUCUAUUGAUAUGUUCAACCUGCAGUCAGGAUUGCACCGCCAACGAUUUCCAUCAAAACUUACACCAGCACAGGCGAGGCAGGUCAAAAUGCAGCAACUCAGGCAGGCAGACACUGUAGUACAGCUUCAGGCUCGCUCUGCUACUGGGUUUCUACCAGGGACGGGGAAGCAUACAAAAGCUGUCACGGGAAUCGUUAUCGAUUCUAUGAAUAAAAACAUAAUAAGCUGCUCGCUAGAUGGAAAGAUAAAGUUCUGGGAAUUCCUGACAGGAAAUCUGUUGGAGGAAAUCAACUGGGCGCCAAUGACGGGGAUCACGGGUUGCCGCUAUCAUGCGGCGAAUGACUUGAUAGCCUUCUCCUGCGAUGACAAUUCCGUCCGGGUCGUGGACAUCGAGACAAAACAGACUAUUCGUGAAUUCUGGGGGUGUCAGGGUAAAAUAAACGACUUCAUCUUCUCUAACGAUGGCCGUUGGAUAGUAGCAGCUUCCCAAGACGCUAUAAUACGAGUAUGGGACCUACCAACGGGCCAUUUGAUCGACGCUAUUCGGUUAGAGAAACCGUGUACGGCUUUGGCCUUCUCGGCCACAGGCGAAUAUUUGGCUGCGGCAACUGAAGGAGAGUUGGGCGUCAGCAUUUGGAACAACAAGACUCUUUUCACUCACGUGCCAACUCGACAAAUAUCCGAAGAGUCAAUUAAACAGAUAUCUGGUCCGACAGCAUCAGGAGAGGGAGGUCAAGGUCUGCUCGAAGCUGCGUUCGAAGAAGCAACAUCUCAAGAGGCAGAGGAUGACGUCGCUCCACCCAACCUGGAUCAGCUUAGUGCUGAUAUGAUGACUUUGAGUUUGGUUCCGCGAAGCAGAUGGCAGACCCUUCUACACCUUGACUUGAUCAAGCAGAGGAAUAAACCAAAAGAAGCACCGAAAGCCCCGGAGAAGGCACCAUUCUUCUUACCAUCAGCAACUAAUGCUGGAUCAUCGAAUUUAGAUGUGACCGAGUCGAAGACUGACCAAGACCGGAGUCAAUCGAGGAUUACUCGCUUUGAUCACAACAGGUCGGAGCAAGCAUUCGCUAGCAAACUACAGGCGGGGGCUUCUACCGACAAUUUUGACGAGUUUAUCGAGCACCUCAAAUCUUUGUCCCCGGCGACCGCUGAUUUAGAAUUGCGUUCCCUGGUAGUCGGUGAUAGUGACGAGUCCAAUGAAUUGCUCCAGUUCAUUCGUGCUAUGACUAGCCGCCUCGUGGCACGGCGUGACUACGAACUUACUCAGGCUUGGAUGGCUGUCUUUCUUCGCCUACAUUUCGAUCUUAUCUUGGAGAGUGAUACCCUAGCGAAGGCCCUGGCGGAAUGGAAGAGACACCAGGCGCAGGAAUGCGACAGGCUGGACAACCUAGUUAGCUAUUGCGGUGGAGUAGUGAACUUCCUCAGGAGUCCACGGACUUAAAUUUAGGCUUGAGGGCAUACCAUAUCAGAUAUGUAACUUCAACUAUAAAUGGAUCCAAACAUCUUGCUGCCAAACCUGUGAUUCAUCGACGUGGCAGUCAUACCGAGUUUGAGAUAUCAUACUCGUACCUCGACAAACAGUGUGACUCCCGAGAAUGCAUCGCUGAGCGAUUGUCAAGUUGUACUGGAAUCUCACACUUCCUUACUUCACGACUUAGCAAUAGUAUAAAUACAAGAAAACUCGCAUCCGAAAAAGGCCGAGAAGCCUGAGCAACUCAUGAAUCAUUUCCGCUCUCAGUUUGUCGCUGGACAAACUGUUGUAGAAACUGUAAAUAUGGAAAUUUCUCUGUUCUCUAGUUCUUACUUUCCAUUAAAUAGCAGCAUUCUUUAAGCUUC